UGCAGGAAAACUUGAGGUGUGCAGUACGAAUAUAUGCUAGAAUUCCUUGGUUUUUCUGCUUUGAUUUACUAAGAAAUGGUGAUUUAUGGCGCUGUUUAGGUGCCAGGCGUUAAAACAAAGGUUUCUCGUCCCUAAGCUGUCGUCUGCAGUAGUGUAUUAUGUACAUUCCCACCUCCAGUAUACGCCAACCAUUUCGCAGGCACUGCAGAAAUUUGAUCUCCCAGGAAAUGAACUGUGCAGAUAUCAAGCACCUCAAACACUGACCAAUAAACCACAUGUGAUAUCUAAGAACACAGCUGAAAAUGAGCAUGCAGAUGGAUUGAAGAAUAUUCUUCAAGGAAAUGAAAUAAUCAGUGAAUCACAGAUGCCUUCAAACUUAGUUACAUCACUUAGGCUGGACCCUUUUAUCAGUCAGACUCAGUUAGCACUUUUAUCUUUGUGUUAUGAUACACACAAAAACUUCAGAGCAACUUAUCGGAAAUCUCUAGACCAAAAAACAUUAAAACCGCCCCAGAAUAUUAAACUAUCAUCAUUAUCUAAUCUAAGUCAUAAUAAUUGUUAUGAUAAGAGCAAAAAGGGCAGUGGUGGGACUGUAUAUAAGGUAUAUGGUCAAGAAUCAAUGCAGAAGGAAUCAAGAGCACUAAAUACAGUGUUAUAUAUGAAUAGUUACAAGGACUUAUGUAACAAGACAGAUACUGUGAAGAAAAAUAAGCAAGACAAGUGUGAUCCUUUACAUCUUGCAAUUGUGUUUGAUUUCCUUAGAGAGGAGAUUCCUUUGUUUUUCACCAAAGGACAUGGAUAUGAACUUUACCACAACAAUGUGACUUUUGUGAAUGGCCUCCUUGGAAUGACAUUCAGAGGUUUAAAAGCCUAUAAGAUGUCCAUAGCAUCAAUGAGAAUAACAUGUCAGAUGCUAAUGACUGAUGCUACCAUGGAAAUACUCAAGAUUACCAAAGAUAGCAAAGACUGCAACAUUAAAGUGCGUUGGCGUGUUAGUGGCGUACCAAGAUUUAGUAUGUUUAGAAGCAGGGCAAAACAGGACAUCAAUAAUAAGAGGUAUGUUGAUGGUUUCUCUGUCUUUGAAGUUGGUGUGGAUGGCCUUAUUCAUUGUCACAGAUUACUAAAGUUAAUGCCAAGUCAUUCUGGUCAACUGGAUAACCCUCUGUGGGCACUGAACUCUGCUGCUGUUAUCAGUUUACUCAGGCAAGAAAAAACCUUUGAGAUGUUUGCUCGUCAGCGUGUGGAGGAUAUUGAAGACACCAUCCCCCUGUUUGGAGCCAGCUGAUUCUAUUGUUUGAAAAAAUAGGAUAUUUAACUUAAGCCAGUUACUGGUAGCAUAAAUAAAUCUGCAAUCAUAGACUGGUAACUAAGAUAAAAUGUGGAAUAAAAUGACUAAGAGAUGGUGUUAUUUUAAA